AGGCAAUGGAAGAAUAACAAUCCCAUCAUCUGUUAUGAGUCUCGCUCAAUAAAAGAUUGAUUGGGACAGCUGCCUGGACAGCCAAGCACCAAGAAGGUUAGUUAGUAAGGCUGCCGCCGCUAGUUUAGCCUGCAGACUUCCUCAUAUCAUUGCUUCAUUGUCUACUUAUUCAGCCUUCAACUCCCAACCAUUUCAUAUUCCCAACCCCGACAUCAUCAAAGGAUUUCGCUUUUGUGUCUGUCUCUUUGACAGUCUUACGAUCUACCCCUCACCUCUCAACGUUUCAAAUCAAAUCGCGUCGAUAAAUAAUAUCGAAAUGUCGGGACAAGUUACACUUCAGAGCUCCGACCAGGUGAACAUCACUGUUGAGCGUGCCGUCGCUGAGCGCUCUAUGCUCAUCAAGAACUUACUGGAAGAUCUGGGCGAGUCCGAAGAACCAGUACCCAUCCCCAACGUCAACGAAUCCGUCUUGAAAAAGGUCAUUGAAUGGUGCACUCAUCACAAGAACGAUCCCCAGACCACCGGUGAAGAGGACGAUAACCGUCGACGAACCACAGAGAUUGAUGAGUGGGAUCAAAAGUUCAUGCAGGUUGACCAGGAGAUGUUGUUUGAGAUUAUCUUGGCUGCAAACUAUCUCGAUAUCAAGGCCCUUCUUGACGUUGGCUGCAAGACAGUCGCAAACAUGAUCAAGGGCAAGUCACCUGAAGAGAUCCGCAAGACUUUCAACAUCCAGAAUGACUUCACUCCCGAGGAGGAAGAUCAAAUCCGUCGUGAGAACGAGUGGGCUGAAGAUCGCUAAACAAUCUCGUUCCUUCUUUUUGCGAGUCGUUCUAAAUGACUGUACGAACACGACACCCCGUACAGUCAGAUAAUUGCUAUUAUUCUAUUCCCCUUGCAUACAUCCUAGUUAAACGAUUAUGAAAAACAACCGAGGCGAGAAAGGAGAAUCUUUUUUUUUUUUUGGUGCGUGUUUGUACUAGUCACUCGAGUCCUCGAUCAUUCGGUCAGAUAGGCGUUUUUUGAGAGUGAAUGAGAUUACUCUGAUUGUGCCAUGACAUGUCCUUAAGUCGUAAAGAUUUC